ACCCUGAACUGAACCGGCAGUGAAUUUCGGAACGCAGCCAUAGUGGAGAGCACACUUGUAUGAAUAUUAUAUACAGCGGUGUAAAUGUAGAGCCACGGUGUAAUUAUUUGCAUUACAAACUAUUAACGGCAAUGUUAAUGUCAAUCUAAACGACGUAUCUUCUUACAAUAUGUCUCUAUGUUUUCGUGUGCUGCCGGGUAGGCUAUCGUCGCUUGUUAGCAAUCGCAAAUCGUUAUCGAAGGUAAAUCGUUAUCAAUUGCGGAAAAACACGUCGUCCGUCUUUUUGAAGCAGUUUUUGGACACUCAAGGAAUAUUCACAAGAGUUUCUACUAUAAGCAAAACGCUGGUAUCGGAUGUAGAUUACAUAUCACAUACAAAUUUACCACUUACUUCUCUCGACACUUGCAGUCAAUGGAAUGAAAAAUCAGUCAGCUGUCGAUUAUAUCGACAUGAUAAUAAUGAACAAAGGAAUUUGAUGUAUUGGUCCCAGAUGCGCAGGUUGCAAAGGAUGCAAAGGCUCAGUGCUGUCGCUAAAAAUAGAAAACACAUAGUUCCCAUAGGAAUUACGUCAAGUGAUGUUACAGUGUUUCAGAUACAAAGUGUUAUAGGCAAUGUUAAGAAUAAUUCAUUUUUAGAUAAUAAUAGGGUAGUCGUGCCUAUGUUGGAAGAUCUUCAUGGUAGUUCAGAAUUGAACAUCAAAAAUAUCCUAUUUACGAAUAAUGUAAUUGCCUUAAAAACAAGUCAGCAGCAAUCAUCGUCACCGUCAUCACAAGAUAACGAGGGUAAACCUUCGCAGGAACAACUGCAAUAUGUACUCGACUGUCUUAGUCAAGAUUUACCAAAGUUGUUCAUGAAGUCUCAGAAUUAUUCAAUAUAUACUGAAGAUAUAAUUUUCAUCAAUAACAUAAGAGGAGUAACAACAAAGGGACUUAUAAGCUAUAUGAAACAAUUAGUAUUUCUAAAGGCAUUUGGUCACUUAAAAUUCGCAUAUGUCAAGUUCGAUAUCAUAAAGAUAACGAUGCAUACCGAGGAUGCUACAGUGAAAGUACGUUGGCGUAUACGAGGCCUUUCAGGCAUAAAAAUGAUCAGCGUGUUUUGGAAGUAUAAAAUUUGGGAUAUAAAAGAAGCUAUAGAAAAGGAUGCUGAGAUUUGGUACGAUGGUUUUUCUACCUACUACGUAAAUGGCGAGGGAAAAGUUUAUAAGCAUAUCGUGGAUAAAGUAAUACCCGAUCAAGAUGUAGCAGAGAAAAAAGAUGAAUUGCGUAUUGCACCGAAAUUAGCACUAUUUACAGGUCUGACGGACGUGUUCAACAAUGACGAAUAUUUUUUCGAGUUGAAUACUACAUUAAAAUUGAAUCAGUUAGAAUAAACGAUUUGGCGAGCACGAGACAGUUUGCAAAAUUAUUUGAGGAAAAAUGGCUUUAUUAAUAGUCGUAUCAAUGACUUUUAAUUAGUUUUAAAUUUAUCAUUACAGCAAACAAAAGUACGAUGGAUAGUGUAAAAAAUAUGUGAAUUAAAAAGUGUAUAUUAAAGUCUUUUUGUAUAAUUAUAAACUAUUUGCAUCCGUUUGUUUAACAACCAGAAUAAAUUUACGUAGAUGUCUUUAAAGAAA